AUGGCCUCUCCGAAUCCUCUCAAUGGAUGGAUCCCCCCUGAACCUGGCUCCAUUAAAGUGAAUAUGGAUGGAGCCCUCCCUGAUGCCUCUGAAGUAGGGUCGAUUGCGUGCUUGUGUUGUGAUCAUAACGGCACCUUGCUCAACGGCUAUGCCCAGAACGUUCAGGCCUCCUCACCCCUUCAAACAGAAACCCUAGCCUUAUUAUCCACCCUCCAAUUUUUGUUGCGACAGGAUUUUGGAAAUACUCACCUGAUCCUUGAAUCAGAUUGUCUGGAGUUGGUGGAAACCGUGAAUCACCGCAAGCGACCGUCACAGGUUUGUCAAUCUUCGCUCGAGCACGCCGCAACCCUUCUUCGUGAGUGCCCUAAUUUUCUUCUGCAGCACUGUCGCCGUGAAGCUAAUUUGGCUGCCGACUGGAUCGCCAAGGCCCAAGGCUGA